UGGCAGAAAGCAAUAAAAAAAAUUAAAAAUUAAUUUUCAGUAAAAUUUGUAAUUUUUAAAGUAAAAUUUUAUGAAAAAUGGGUAAUAGAAAUUGUAUAGUGAAAGGAUGUAAUUCAGAUAUGGAUAACCCGGCAUCGGAGCAGUUGCAAAUACAUUUUUAUUCACUUCCAGAAAACCUUUACUUGGCGGAGAAAUGGAUUAGAAAUUUAGAAAAUAAAAUGAAAGUAGAUAAAUUUACUGAAGAAUCAAGGGUUUGUUCACUGCAUUUUUCAGAAGAAUCUUAUGACACUGAGUGGAUACCUACUAUAUUUCCAGACCUAUCUAAGCAGUUAAUUGUAUACGACGAAGAAGCAAAGAUAAAUGCAGUUUUUUUAAAAGAAGAUGACGAGGACUCUGAGUCAUUUGAAGAUGAAGACGGGAGCACAUCUAAGCGUAAGAAAAAUUCCAAAGCGUCAAAACGGAAGGCACCUCCAAAAAGCGCACCAAAAGAAUUUGAAACAACAAUUCCUAGCGAUAACUUUUUCCGAAAAUCAAAGUUAGCCGAAAUAUAUGUCUCACCAACCGGAAAAUUUUAUGCAAAAUGUAAAUUUUGUCCUGAAAAGAAAAGUUUUCAUGUUAAUGAUAUUCUACAGCAUUUUAUAAAGAACCAUACAACCCACUAUUUAAAACCCGAGGGGAAGUAUAGCACGACAUAUCGGAAAACUGCGAAAGAAAAGCUUUUCUAUCAAUCAUUUAUAUUUUCUAUGAAUAAAUCAAAUAAGGUAACUGCAAAAUACACGCGACACGCUAAAGCACAAGAGACUCCUGCGUCUUUUGUAAUACCCGUUGAUGUUAAAGAAGAAGUUAGUGUACCUGAAAAAAAAGAAAAAAGAAGGUAUAAAACUAAAUCAAUUCAACCUACAUCCACAAAGAAAGCUGAUCAAAUGAACGAAGAAAGAAAAGCUGAAAUGUAUAAACAUUUAUUGACUACAAGUAUUAAAGAAUCUUUGAAGCAAGAUGCUGAAGAUAUUAAAUUUCCAGCUGGAAUUGUCGUUGAAGAGGGUGAUCCAAAUGCAGAAAUUACUGAUUCGGAACAUAUACAAAAAUUGGAUGAUAAAUUUUAUAAUCGAAUUGGAAAAGAUCCAACAUACUUCCAUUGUAAACAUUGCAAUACCUCAGUAAGAUAUAUAGCUAAACAUUACAAAAGUGUUCACCCUUAUGCUUAUGUAUGCGAACGUGGUAGUUGUUAUGAGACUUUCGAUACAAUAGCUGAGUUGAAUACACAUACGAAAAGAAUUCAUUUUGAUCCUGUUUAUGCAUUUACGUGUACUGUGUGUGGACACAAAUCCAGAACUUUGGUUUUAUUUAGAACUCAUUAUCAGCGUAUCCAUAUGAAUAAAAAAGAUUUUCCAUGUGAAAUAUGUGAAAUGAAAUUUUAUUGCGAUUCAGAAAGACAAAAACAUAUGCGAGUUCACACAGGUCAAAAACCAUAUGUAUGUACACUUUGUGGUCGAAAAUUCGCAUGUGGUCAACAGUUGAAUUUACAUAUACAGAAAAAACAUCAAGAUCCACAAUAUGAGUGCGAUAUUUGUCAAAAGAAACUCCAUACUAAACGUGCACUAAAAGAACAUUCGGUUAUACAUGGAGAAAAGAAAAUCGUUUGUCAUUUAUGUGGCGAUAGAUUCUUUAAAAGAGAUGCUUUAAAGAGACAUUAUACCAAGAAACAUGAACCAAGAGAAUACAAAUGUAAAUUGUGCAAUGAAAUAUUUAAUGAAAGACCUCAACUUAAAGUUCAUAUUUUGGGUAAACAUAUUAAAAAGAAAAAAGUUUCUUCCAAUUCCAAAAAAUUUUCUUCAAACAAUGUGUCAUAAAAUUUAAUUUUUGAGAAUAAAUAACAUAAAAAUUUUAAAUUGCAAGGAGAAAUUAUAUUCAUUCAAAUCCGAAUAAAUUCUACCUACUUAAAAAAAUUUGAAAUCAUGUAAAAAAAGACAUUGCAAUUUAAUUUUUUCUUAAUUUAUUCAAAAAUUAUUGUUAGAAUGAAAAUUUCUAA